GUAGUAAGGAGCUAUGUAAUAGUACGCUCAGGCUGAGACUUGCUUCCCCUCUUUUUCAAUAACUAACUCUUCAUAUUAAGUUCUGGGCCAGCUUUUAAGUUCAGAAAGCUGUUCUUGGGAAUAUAGUGAUUGUCGUUUUCAGAGAGCCAUGUUAAGAAAACAGACCUCGCAGCUCUUUCCUUAGCCGGCAAACCUUGUGCAGUUGAGAGUGAAGUGCUGAUAAAAUGAGUUGAAUGCAGGAUUUAUAAUUGGUUCGUUCAUGCCGCGCUUCCAAUACCCUAGCAGCGAUUUAGCAAAUUGUGCCAGACUUGAGUAGCCGAAGGAAUUUUGUAUUCUGUCCAUGCUGUAAGUUGGAAGGAAAGUACUCUGAGGAGUGAAAGCUGGGACCUGCACCAUCUUAGAUGUUGUGGAGACCUUGGGGUCCCCUCUUGAGAAUGCAGACCCUAGAACGCGUGCACAGGGCAUUCAGAUGCUCUCCGAAGUUCUCCUACAGUGCUAUUCCCUGCUCCAAGAAAAGGAAGUGACGCACCUAAUCUUGUUCUAUGAGAACCGGCUGAAAGAUCAUCACUUGGUCAUUCCCUCUGUGCUUAAGGGACUCAAAGCUCUGCAGGGGUUACUGCAGAUGCUGCCAGAGAAAUCCGUUGAGAGUAUGUGUGAAGAGUUGGCGCCAGGCCUGGCCGUAUCUGUCCUCAAAGCCAUCUUCCAAGAGGUCCAUGUUCAGUCUUUGCUCCAACUGGAUCGCCAUACAGUCUACACCAUCAUCACCAACUUUAUGAUUAGCCGAGAAGCAGAGUUGAAAGGUCUGGGUGCUGAUUUCACCUUUGGCUUCAUCCAGGUGAUGGAUGGGGAGAAGGAUCCACGCAACCUCUUGGUAGCCUUUCAGAUUGUGCAAGACAUUAUCGUCAAGGGCUAUACACUAGGGCCUUUUGCAGAGGAGCUGUUUGAGGUGACAUCCUGCUACUUCCCCAUUGACUUUACCCCUCCCCCCAAUGAUCCUCACGGAAUCCAGAGAGAAGACUUGAUUGUCGGCCUGCGGGCGGUGCUGACCUCCACCCCCGUUUUUGCUGAGUUCUUGCUCCCGCUUCUUAUUGAGAAAAUGGAUUCUGACGUACAAAGUGCCAAGCUGGACUCCCUGCAAACCCUGAAUGCUGCCUGCACGGUCUAUGGACAGAAGGAGCUCAAGGAAUUUUUACCCAGUCUCUGGUCAUCCCUGCGCAGAGAGGUGUUCCAGACUGCAAGUGAGCGGAUUGAAGCAGAAGGUCUGUCCGCUCUGCGUGCUCUGGCAACAUGCCUGUCCCGCCAAGUGCUCAGCUCUGAUGAUGAGGACCAUCUGGAUUCCUUUCUCAGAGGGAUUCUGCAGGAUUGCAAACACCACCUCUGCGAGCCUGACAUGAAACUGGUGUGGCCGAGUGCCAAGCUCUUGCAGGCAGCUGCAGGGGCCUCUCUGCGAGCCUAUUACCAGAUCACAAGUAGUGUACUUCCCUUGCUGGUGGAACAGUAUACCCGGCAUGUGCAGAGUAGCCAGCGCAGGACAAUCUUGGAGGUAUUGCUUGGUUUCCUGGAGGUGCGGCAGAAGUGGGGUCCCGAGGAGGAAGACAAGAGUCCUCUGCUCUGCUCCAAAGCGGCUCUGUGCUCCAUGGUGUUCUCUGCACUUAAUGAGCCCAAUGUGCAACUGCAGUUGGUUGGGAUCCGGACUCUGACCUUGCUAGGAUCGUUGCAAGGGCUGCUGGCCCUCCCAGAUGUGGAGUUACUUGUGGACAACCUUGCACAGUUCAUCCUGCACAAGGAGGAUCCCCAGACCAGCUUGGCAGCCAUGGAGGCUGCUGGGAUCCUGGCUCCCGUCUAUCCAGAAGCCUUCAGUAGGUGCUUGGUUCAGAAGCUCUCGGAAGGGUUGCAGUCAGAACUGCAAGAGGGUAGGGCUCCAUCCUGGCCGGAUCGUUGCCUGCAGGCCCUGGCAGCUGUGUCCACCCACCCCAGUAUAGUGAGGGAGACCGUUCCCGUUCUUCUGCAACACCUUCAGCAGGUCCAGAAAGACAACGUGCCAGCAGGUAUUCAGUCGGUGGUGUCUGUGUGCCAAAGCCUGCAGCAGGUGGCGUUGCAGUGCCAGCAAGACGGGCAGAGCUAUUGGUACUUUCAUCAGGCGGUGGUGCCCUCCUUGGUAGGCUUAGCGGUGCAGGCUGCCAUGCAAGAGAAUUCCCACACAAUGCUGAGCAAAGUGCUGCUGAAAGAGGAAGCCUUAUCAGCCAUGGUGCCCAUCAUCAGUGCUGCCUGCAUGCACUUAAGCCCAAACCUGGCUGCCCAGAGUGUCUCCAAAGUGGUGCCCCUCUUCCUAGAUGGAGAACUCUCCUUCCUGCCUGGAAACAGUUUCCCCAGCACUUUCCAGCCCUUCCAGGGUGGGCAGUGCCCAGUGGCAGCCCAGAGAAGGCUUGUUGCUCUCCUCAUGGCCUUUGUGUGCUCCUUGCCAAGAAAUGUUCCCAUUCCUCAGCAGGACCGAUUGCUGCGUGAGCUGCUAGCCCUGAGCUGCUCCUGUGACUGCCCCUUCACUGCCACAGCUGCUGCCAAAUGCUUUGCAGGACUGGUUAACAAGCACCCAGCAGGGCCUCAGUUAGAUGAGCUCUUAAGAACAGCCACAAAUAAGCUGGAGCAAGGCCUGAACGAGGGUCCCCAUCGAAGUCAGGCCCUCAGUCUUCUGCUGUGGAUCAGCAAGGCCUUACUGCUGCGCUACCACCCACUAACCACACACCUGACUGGCAAGCUACUUGUGCUCUUGGGAGACACGGUCCUGGGCCCCGCAGUGGGCGAUGGCUUUGCCUUGCUCAUGGCCGACUCCCAGGAUGUGCUGGGCAAGAACUGCCACGCGGAGGUGCGCCUCAUGUUCCGCCAACGCUUCUUCACAGAGUGUGUGCCUCAACUGGUACAGGGUUUCCACACUGCUGCCCCCGGUGUAAAAUCAAACUACCUGAAGGGCCUGUCUCACAUACUGAAUCAUCUGCCCAAACCAGUGCUAGUGACGGAGCUGCCUAUGUUGCUGCCCCUGUUGUUGGAAGCUCUGUCGUGUCCUGACGGUGUGGUCCAGCUAUCAACUCUGCACUGUCUACAACCAUUGUUGCUUGAUGCCCCUCAUGUCAUGAGUCUGCACGUUGACACACUGGUGAGCAAGUUUCUCAGCUUGACCGACAGCCCAGCCAUGGCAAUCCGCAUUGCUGCGCUUCAGUGCCUCCAUGCAUUGGUUGCCUUGCCCACCCCAGUGGUGAUCCCCUACAAGCCACGGGUGAUCCGGGCACUGGCCAAACCCUUAGAUGACAAGAAGCGGUUGGUACGGAAGGAAGCUGUGACGGCACGAGGAGAAUGGUUUCUGCUUGGGACUCCUGGGAGGUGAAGGUUCACACUGAGAAUCCUGACUGACAAUCUCUCCUGCCUCCACUUGUCUACUCAGCCAUCUGCCUUGGUAUCCUAGGGCCUAGCAUUCCUUGCCAAAGCAGCAAGAGCUCUGGACAAAAGAGAAGGAGUUGCCCAUUCUGUGGACUGGCAGAAUCCUAAUCAUAACACUGGCAUCCAACAGGAUGGAGUAGGCAGCCACAGUUCCUGCUGCAGGGCGGUAGUGCGUGGAGGUGGCAGGACCCCUGUACGCUGUGUGUGGGGCCAGAAUAAUAAAAACUGUUUGUUAAUA